AUGUCGAGCGGAGCCCCUUCCAACAGCGCACGCCGGCCCUCAAUCGACCAGCCCCUGCCAAUAGCAUCGUCUUCUCAGACUCAUGGCGGCAACAUGAUCGCACAAGACUCCGCUGUACUCUCGCCGUCGAUGCAGGCACAACCAGGAACCUCUCUGCAUGUCUGUCUUCCGCCCAACUUUCCUCAACCAGUGCAGACCUCCUUCUCCCCGCCUGCGAGCCGCAACGUCUCCAACGCCACCAUCGUCAACCCUUUCACCAGUCCUUCUAUAGCGCAGUUGCUCUCGCCACCACUACCACCGCAAAGCAACCACACAAGCACAUUUUCUUCAACCUACCUUGCAGGUCCUUCCUCGUCAGCCUCGGCUGCAGCAUCCAACAGCGUUGGCGCUUCCCCCACCAAAACUCUCGGUUCCCGAUCGCCGGUAGCAGCGACAAUACCCUUGCCAUCCGCAUCGCUGAACCCAAAUGCGCCCUUUUCUCCGCCAGAAACGUACACGUAUAGUCGCGCACCCAUCAAACGCGAGAGCCCAGGCACAAUGAGCGCAAGGAGCACGCCGGGUCGGUCCUUGACUUUGCAUCAAGACGAUGUCCUCGGGCGCGAGUUUGCCGACGCUUCUCGCAAUGAUUUCGAGCUCAACCUCCCUCCAGCCAUGAUCAGCUCCGGUCGCAAGGCCAGUGUCAGCAUGCAUCUCUUCAAGGAGACCUCGUCCAAAUCAUCCAAUUCUGCUAUCUCAUCCAGUCGAGAGCGUCCAGUCAUCGAAGAGAACGAGGGGGACGAUCCAGCCGUCACUCGCAAGCCUGUGCGCUCGAGUACCAUGUUCGCGCCCUCGCAACGCACACACAAGACGCCUUCCUCCGGCAGCCGGCAAAGAACCGACGCUGCUUUUGCGCCUGCAUCCUCGUCAUCCUUCUUGUCCAGCAAAGAGGCUGUCUUGGAUCCUCUGCGUCCAGCAACGCCUUCUCUUUUCCUUUCGCAAGGCGGUGAGGCCAUCUCACAAGCAGACAUGGACACAGCAUCGAACGCUAGCGCGCCUCUGCUCACCACGACCUCGAACGAAGCAUCCUCACGCGAGCGCCUGCCGCGCCGCUCGCAAACCAUCUCGUCGCCCGGAAAAGUCGCUGCUGACAUCGACGCGCGAUAUCUUCUCGAUCCCUCAUCCCUCGAACCUUUAGACUCGCGCCCUAUACCCAUCUCGCGGCCUCGAACACUGCCAAAGUCUCCAGCCUCGCCCAGGAAGGUGCCUCCGAGUCCGAACCGGCCUUCGGCUGGUCGUCAGGACACCUCUGGCGCAACAGAAAAUGCCAAAGCGGACUCGGCGAUGUCCAACCUGCAGCGUCAUUCUUCCGUCCCAGAGACCGAAUGGACAGGAGCAGGGUGGCCAGGCAAGCUGGGAAUGACACGUAGGCGCAGUCUCGAUGAGAGAGCGCAGAGCUCUUCCGACUACGAGGAGGAUGGCGAGGAUCAGCUCGACGACUCGUUCGAGAUGGUCGAGACAGGCGAUGAGAUGAUGGGUGAUGACGGCACGGAUGCGUACAUCGACAUGACCAGCUCCGAAGACGAAGCAGGCAGGCCCGACUUUGAUCACGAUGCUGCAGACGAAGACGAUUUGCAGAUGAGCGGCUCCGAGUGGGAAGCUGGAGCCAGCGCUGGCCUGCCAGCCAAGCGUCGCGCCGGGAUCAAGCUCGAUUCCGACUCGGCUGUGCGACGUUCUCGCUUGACGUCUCGAUCACGAACGGCAUCGUCGAACGAACUGCCCGCCGUCGUCCAACUUCAACCGUAUCACAAUCAGGUAGGCGGUCACAACUCGAUCUUCCAAUUCUCCAAACGCGCCGUCUGCAAGCCCCUGGUGGGCAGAGAGAACGAGUUCUACGAGGCCGUCGAAAAGGAACAUCCCGUCCUUCUGUCGUUUAUUCCGCAAUACUUGGGAGUCCUCAACGUGACUUAUCGACACGUCGACUCGGCGCAGCACGAUGCCGAGGGUCAAUCGGUGACCAUCGAUGAUGUUGCGAACGCAGCUCUGUCACAGACAACGUCUGGGCAGAACAACGAAGGAAGCCUCGCACGAGACACUGGAGCAGAGCAGGUCGACUGCGCUUCAACGGAGAACGAUCGUCCGGAGCGACAGAGAACGGAUUCACAGGGAGGCGGUCGUGUUCGCCGCAAAGUGUUCGAAGGUCAGGAGGAUUGGGGCAAGGAAAUCCCAGAAGUCUCGCUGGACCUGAACAGGCAUAUCGUCCCAGAAUGGAUUCUGCGUCGAUGCAACCUUGCGCCACGAACCCCAGAGCCCGUCAAUGCUUCUCUGGACAAAGGAUCUCGCAGCCGAAGUCAUUCAAGGAGUCGGGGCUCCAGUCCUUUGCGGCCGCGUCGCGCUGCCUCUUCCCUAGAGCGCAUGCAGCGUGCAGUCCACAACGCAGAUGCGCAGCUGCACAGCGACACCAGCCCUAGCCGCAGAAAUCGCUCCCGGCUAGCUUCCAUCGAGGGGACAGCACAACACCUGGAAGAGGACGCAGCAAGCCCUGUACAAGACGCCGAGGGAGUACUCAGUUCUAGUCCGUUGACGCCUGCCGUCUCUCCUGAUGCAUCGCCUAGGUCCUCCCGCUCGCUUGUCCACGGAGCAGAAUGGGGCGGUCGCGACUCUGAUCGUGACUCCGGUCGAUUGCUCUCGUCCAGCUUCGGUCGUACGACCUCUGGUCUAGGUCCUCUGUCGCGUUCGCGCAGCCCGGCCAUCAGUGCUCUCAGCAUGACUAGUCGCACGCCCUCGCAAGCAUCGCAAGUGUCGCAACCAGUCGUCAACAGCGCGUACCAGACUCAGCAGACGUUGAACGGCAUUCACGGUCGUGGCAUCACCACCGUCAAUCGCAGGCUGCAAGAGCAGGUAUUGCGCGAGGUGUUCAGCAGUCCGAUGCUCAAAGACGGCCUGGACUCGCGCUACGAGUCGAGCGCCAAGCGGAAUGCCCGUAAGAACCGACGACGCUUGGCCAAGGCAUGGGAGGAAAGCGAAGAGGGUGAGCGACUCCGCAUCACACGCAAUCUUGGCCCUUCGGAACCUCGGUCUCGGGACACGCUGGCAGUGGCAGCGAUUCGAGGAGGUCUGCAUACGCCUGACCCGAUCGUCAGCGGAAGGCUGAGCGCCGCCAGCGAGUUCGUACCUACAGCCUCGUCUUCGCCGGUCCAUUAUCGAGGUCAAGCACGACAUCCAUCCACGCCACCUCGCACGCCGCCAUUCGGACCGAGCAGCAUCACACUCCCCUCCUCGGUGACAUCGAGCAAGCCCGCGACGACCAUUAAGGAAAACUUGCCAAGUGCCGCGCUGUCCGGUGCCUCCAAUGAAGAGGUCUUGAUGCAACACCCGCGACGCACCCUCAGCGAUGUUGCGUUGUCGUUGAAACCGAAGACAUCGAUCUCGGUUCCCAGCAAUCUCGGACUGUCGCAUGUCAGUGCAGAAGAGGCAGCGCUGCCGUCGACAGAUCUCGACGGGGAGAUGCAGACGCUCAAGCUUUCCGAAGAGCCAGAGUCCAUUGGUCAAACCAACGACAAACAGACGACCGCACAAGGAGCAGCGGAGACGGUCCCAGCCGCUUCAGCGCAAUCAGACGACGCGGACAAUGCCGAAGCCCGUGCGUCAGCAGACAGCGCCUGCCAAACGCGCCAGGAGCAAUUCCUUUUGAUGGAGGAUCUGACGGGACGUCUCAAGUCACCCUGCGUACUGGACCUCAAGAUGGGCACGCGCCAGUACGGUCUCGACGCCACCGAUGCCAAGAAGAAGAGUCAGACGAAGAAGUGUGACAAGACCACUUCACGUAGUCACGGAGUCCGCAUUUGCGGCAUGCAGGUGUACGAUUGCACGCACGACUCGUUCAUCUUCCAAGACAAGUACUUUGGACGCAAGGUGCUGCCUGCCGAGUUCCCGGACGCGCUGGCACGCUUCUUCUUUGACGGCAGCAAGAUCCUGAUGCACCACGUGCCGCUGAUCCUGCAAAAGAUCUACCACCUGGCUCGGAUCAUCUGGGGUUUGCGAGGGUAUCGAUUCUACGCGAGCAGUCUGCUGUUCAUCUAUGACGGCGAUUGCGAGACGCAGCGGAAGCUGGAGGAUGAGUUUGAUCGACGUUGCUCGAGGGGUCUUGGUGGCACGGUGGCUCCGAGUCAGAUGAUCCUGGAGGCCGGCCCCAACGCACAACCCGCUUCGUCGUCGUCGCUCCAUCGAGAAGCGGACCUGGUGGACGGUGGAGCGAGCUACAGCAUCGGCUCGAGCCCCUUGCUCGGUCCUCUUGGCGGCAACGGUAAUUCGUCGGAACCGGCCGCUGUUCGCCGUCGUCGCCGAAAGGGCGAGAUCAACAUCCGCAUCAUCGACUUUGCCCACUGCACCACGGGGCACGACUACGACUUUGGCUCCAGCCCGGACGGUGACCAGGAUGCGAUGCACAGGCUGCCCCUCGCCCGCUUCCCACCGAACCUCAUCGACGGUCCGGACAGCGGCUACCUUUUUGGGCUCAGGAAUCUGGCGGCCAGCUUUGAGAAGAUCUGGGAGACGGAGCGCAAACGUCGACGAAAGGUGCGCGAGGAGAAGACGACGACGACGGACGAAGAUGGGUCGUUCCUUGGCGAUCUGGGCGAUCUGCAGGUGCCAGGAGGUGAGGUGUUUGACGAGAUCUUUGGGACUGGCCCGCACGGGCUCGAUGGGUACGUGUCGACGUGA